GACGCACGCACAUCAAACACGUCCGUCAUUCGUCACGUUCUCGGGUUUUUGUUUGUAAAAUAAUCUCCGUCUUUUACUCAUUUUUGUUUUUGUUUUUCUUGUUUCUGUAGUUUGGUAUUGCAGUACACUUCUGUUGUACACGACUUGUACUGCAGUAGGAGGUGUUACAAAGAAACUCAUUAAAUAUUCAGAUCGUUAACUUUUUUACUUUGUUGAGUUCGUGCAGGCAGAAACAUGUACUUCAGGUACAACAAAUAUCCUGAGGCGUCGCCGUCUGUCUGAUCGGUUUUACUAAUUAUAUUUGUAAUAUAUUUGUAAUAUAUGUGUUUUUUUUCUCUGCAAACUAUUUUUUUUUUCAUUUUCUUUACAAAUUUUCCACUAUCCGAAAUGCGAUAAAAAUAGUCGACCAUAAAUCAUUUGAAUUUAUAACGCGUGUAUUAAACACUAUUGAAGCUGUAAAUGACAACCUUCAUGAAAGUACGCCCCCUGCCUGUGGUGAAAUGUCGUCACUGCUCAGUUCGAUGGACAGCGACGUCCUGCGGUCGUUCUCCACCUACGCCACCAUCGUCGUCCUGAAGAUGAUGUUCAUGUCGCAGCUGACUUCCUUCUUCCGCCUCACGAAGGGGGUUUUUGCUAAUGUAGAAGACGCCAGAUUUGUAGGAGACAAAAAACUGGUCCGCACCGAUCUGAUGGUGGAACGGGUCCGCAGGUGUCACCUCAACGACCUGGAGAACAUCGUCCCCUUCGUGGUGAUCGGCCUUUUCUACUCCCUGACUCAGCCGGCACUUCCUACCGCCCUGCUGCACUUCCGCCUCUUCGUCGGCUCUCGUUUCUGCCACUCCGUGUCGUACGUCGGCGCCCUCCCCCAGCCCAGCAGGGGUCUGUCCUACAUCGUGGGCGUUCUGGCGACCGCUUCCAUGGCGUACAGGACGCUCAGCACCGUCCUCCUCCUGUAG